CAUCCAUUCACCCAUAAACACGAUUAGGGAUUUGAUAUCUUUUUUUUAAUGCUAUCCAACUUUACAUGUGGAUCUUUCAGCCUCUGUUUCUGGAGUCGCAAAUAAUGCGACUUGAUGCACUUAAAAGACUAACAAGAUGUCACUAAAGGAUGAUGAGAGCAACGAACAACUCGAGGAAGCAAUGCACAAGGUUGCGAUGAAUAGCAAUUCCAACUUUACAACUGAAGCUACAUCUGCUUUAUCUACUAAUACUGCCACCCCUAUGGCUGCAGCAGAUGCGGCAAGUGUUUCAAAUGGUCAAAGAAGUUCAGUCCAGGAUAAUAAUGAGAAUAACAUCAAGGAUAAGGAUAAGGAUAAAGAUAAAGACCUGGGGGCCCGCGAGGAUAAUAUGAGCAAAGGAAUCGCUGAGGUCAAAGCCAGCGUUAAAAGUGAAAAGACCGAGGAUAAAAACAAAGACCCGACUGAUCGAAUUGCAAUGGCUCAACCACUAUCACACGACUCCUCCAUCUCCUUCGCAGAGCCAACAUCCCCAGAGCCAACUACGACCAAUGACGAAAGCAAUACUACUGUCAAUAGCGAAAGCAAUAUUACUGCCCAGCCACCCCUUGUUCCACGUCGCAAAUCCUCAUUAAUCACCAUUGGAGAUCGUCUCAAGAGGACUUCAUCGAUUGAGAAACAUGUCACAAUCGUGGAUGCUACUACUACUAUGGGAGACAACUCUACCAACGCUAACACUGAGGACAGAGCUGAAGAAUUGACAAAGGAAAAAAGCCAGGAAGAUGAGGCAUCCAAGAAGGAGUUGGCAAAGAUUCUUAUGCAGUUUGAUCCCCUUGCUGAAUCUAAGGAUCAGAAUGACGAUGAAAUAGCAGUAACUGUGGUUGACAGAGGUAUGUCCAUGUCUAAGGGCGAUGUGCUGCAUCCUGAAUUAAACGCCUUAUCGCCUAACCUAUCAUCGCCAUCGCCGCCAGGAACACCACAGGAAUUGAAUUCCCCCAGAACCUCACAUGAUGUUCAUAUCGCCAUGCAUGAAAAGGCGAAAUCAGCAGAGCCCUCAACAACGAAAAAGAAGAACGAGAGCCGGCUGAAAAACUCCUCGUCAUCAUCAGCAUCAAAAACUCGCGAUCGCGAUGGGACCUCUGGGAGCAAAAACAAUAACAGUGCCCGGCUGGAUCGAGAAGAAGUUCCGAAGCCCAAAGACGUCCCGUUUGAUUUCCAGAAGUUCCUUGAACAAAUGCGACACAGAAGCGCUAUGCCUAUCACGCGCUACUUUCAAAGCUUUCUGAAAGAAUUCGAUAAAAAGCCUUGGACCGUGAACGAACAGGUCAAGAUCAUUCAUGAUUUUCUGGACUUUAUCACAGAAAAAAUGGGGAUGUGCGACUUAUGGAAGGAUGUAUCUGAUCAGGAAUUUGAAAACGUCAAGGAAGGCAUGGAGAAACUCGUCAUGAAUCGACUCUUUGCUUAUACCUUUUCUCCAUCUACGACAGAUGAUGCUGAAAGAGAUGAAGUAUUGACUCAAAAAAUCCGGAUAUUUCGGUGGAUCCGAGAGGUACAUUUGGAUAUCCCGCACAGCCCACAUAAUGAACUGCAUUUGAAUAGUGCACAAGCAGAGCUUAUGAAAAUUAAUAACUAUAAAGCACCUCGCGAUAAAGUCAUUUGCAUUCUGAACUGUUGCAAAUUCAUCUUCACGCUUAUUCGCCGCGCAGAGGGUAACUCAAAAGGCGCUGACACGUUUCUUCCAAUUUUAAUUUACGUCGUACUCCGCGCAAACCCACCGAACCUCGUCUCUAACGUUCAGUACAUUUCACGCUUCAGGAAUCCCGAGAAAUUACAGGCGGAAGCAGGAUACUAUCUCGCUUCGUUGAUGGGCGCCAUCUCAUUUAUUGAGAAUCUUGAAGCCAGUUCAUUAUCAAUAUCUCCUGAAGAAUUCGAUCAGCAGAUCGAAAAGACCAUGACCGAACUCAGUCAAGAAAAAGCAGAGGCCAUGAAAGCAGGAGAAGGCACCACCGUCAAUACAGCGUCGUCCGUUCCAGCAGCGACAGACGGUGGCAGCAGUGGCCAUCGUAAACAUGAUAGCAAGCUAGCAAAAUUACUAGCGGGCACUGCUGCUACCAAAAAAAGUGUCCGUCAGCAGCAAUCGCAACAGCAACAACGUCAACAUAUUAAUGAGAAGCAUUAUCUUACAACAGAAGCAACGCAUCAAGAAAAAGCUUCAACGUCUCAACAGCAGCAGCAGCAGCAACGCAUGACUCCAUCACCAGCCCUAUCUACUUCAUCAUCUAUUUUAAACCCUGCAGCAGCUUUGAUUGAACGUGGAGCUAAUUUUGCCACAAAGACGAUUCAGAAACCGUUGGAUAUGAUAGAGCGGAUGUUCCAAGACAAUGGAGAUGAUGAGGAGAUGGCCAAGCCAUAUCCGCCUCGCCCUAGUCAACAACAGCUGCAACAAGGCCAGAGGCCAGAUGUAGACAAUAGGAAUGAUUCACUUGGGGGAUUUGUCUAUGUCUCUCCAGAUCAACAGCCUAUAUCCCACUCAAACCAACAAUUGACCCUAUCUUCUCAGGAACAGCAAGGAUACCCCGGAAAUCCACAGCAUCAACAUCGACAACAAAGUAUGGAAGAUUACCGCCAAAAUCUUGUUGCAUUAACAGAGAUGUUCCCAUCAUGUGAACGACAGGUCUGUGAUGUGAUAUUGCAGGCGAACGAUGGACGGCUCAGCCCUAGCAUUGACGCUCUACUUGAGAUUUCCUCCGCAACCGAGAAUAAAGGACAGCCACAACAGCAACAGCUACAGUCAUCACCACUACCAUCACCAUCAGAACGUCCGCAUUCAGAUCUGGAUACAACUCAGAACCAGGAUCAGCAAUUAUCAGAACCCGGGAUACAGCCUGAUGUUAGUAUAGACAUGCAAGAGAAGUAGCAUG